UCUCAUUUGCGGGACGAGCGUCUUUUCAGUCAAGUUUAAUAACAUAAAGACUUAAAUAUGUUAACACCAAUUCUAAUUGUUGUGUGUAUAAUUUCGGUAACUUCUGGACAUCCCCAUGAAAGAAGACAAAUCGAUGAACCGAUAUGUUCAAAAUUUGACUAUGAAGAAAAACUUUUGGAAAAAAUGAUAAGAAUGGAAAUGAAAAUGGAAAAAAUAAUAGAGGAAGUUAAAGAUAAAGAAAAGGAUUAUAUGUCCGUCGCGACCAAUUUGUCCCAAAGAGUUGGAAAUAUAGAAAAUGACGCAAUUCAGUACCAACGUGGAAUCAACCGCAAAAUGGUCGAGUUUGCUGAUAACUUUAGCCAGAGCAAGCUGUCAGAUUUAGCAGAUUUUGCCGACUUGAAAAUCCAGCACGAUGAACAGAUAAAGAGUAUCGCAGUUCUCAAGGAAGCGAAUGCUAACCAAGAAACAGAACUUAAAAAGCUUAGACAAGAAAUCAACGGUGAAUCUUCAGAAAUAAAACUUAUCAACAUAAAAAACAGAAAACAAGAAAUAGAUAUUAUAGGACUUAAACAAAAAAUCAGCACUACAUCUUCAGAAAUCAACACAGUAAACAGAAAACAAGAUACAGACCGUAACAAACUUAGACAAGAAAUAGCGGCAAUUAAAGACAAGUCCCUUCUACCAAUUGUUGGAUUCAACGCCCGUCUUUCUUCUACAAAAACGGUAAGCCAAGGAGACAAGGUCGUUUUCGAGAUCGUCAUGAUAAACAAAGGAGAAGGUUACGACAAUUCUACCGGGAUAUUUACUGCACCGUACACUGGACUUUAUUUCUUCUCAGUCCAUGUUUGUAGUGGGACAGGGAGCUAUGUGUCAUACGCAAUAUAUCAAGAUGGUUCACAGUUAACAAGGAGUUCACAGUAUGAUAAUUAUGUUUAUAGCUGUAGUUCUGUUAGCACAAUCGCCAUAGUAAACAAAGAUGAACAAGUGUGGGUACAGAUAGAAGAAACCUCACUGUUUUUUACUGAUGUUAUCAGAUCGAAUACAUUUUCUGGAUAUCUUUUAAACAAAUAACUACAUGUAUAUAUUAGCAAAACAAGGUAUAAAAUAUACCCAGGAAAGUUCCCAUAACCGGAUAUUUAUAUUAAUUAUAUGACAAAAACGGAUUCGCUUGCAAUUUAUCACUUAAUAUAAAGAUAAUUAAAAUACUAAACAAGUCUUGCCUAGAAAAGGCUCGUCAUUCGUUAUAUAGUUAUAUGUAUAUAUUUGAGGGAAAUACAUUUAAUGUGUUUUCUUAAGAAACCCGUGGAUCUAAACAUGACUCACACAGAAUCUUGUGUCAACGAAUCAUUUUAAGGCGGUUUAGUAAUUUUUUAUUAAGCUGCACAAAAAACCGUUGGAAACCAGCAUAUUGUUCGUGGAACUGGAGAUUGUAUUUUUUUGUUUGUUCGCUUUGUUUUGUUUGUGCUUUGUAGGCGAGUGUCGUGUGAAAAUAGCACUCUGUUUUUCUUUAUACUUUUUCUUUUUUCUUUUAAGUUUGUAUAAAUUUCUAAUGCAUAAUAGGACAUACGAGUAUAUCGAUUUAUUCAACAGAAGCAAGGAAAGAAAAUAACGCCAAGCAUUCAACGGUUGAGCGUACGAAAAUAACUCAAGUUUAAAGCUAUCAUUUUGGUGUAUAUGUUUACAACCUCGGUGAGUCAGUAAAUAUGGCAUCCAGAACGCCACGAUUAUAUUUAAUGAAAUACCCUGUCAAUAACCUCACUGCGGUAUACCGUACCCCGGAUAUUGCUCGAUAUUAUGAGGACUUUCAUCCCAUUUCGCGACUUUAAACGGGGAACGAAGGCAAGUUCAGCGACGAUAUUUUCAAAACAAACGGCUAUUUCAUUUAUCUCCACGGGUUUUAUAUAUCUAGACGUAUUUUUGUAGCUCUAAAAGACAUCAAAGUAUUGCAGGUAUUUGUAAAAUUGAUUAAACUACCCUUAAACGAUCGGCUGCUCACUAGAAAAUACUGACCGCGAUAUUGUAGAAUCAUUAGAAAUUAUUACCUUACCAAGAUAAAAAAAUUGAAUCGAGCAUUUUUUAAAAUCAUAAUCCAAGUAUGCUUGGUUCAAAUUCCAGGCAAAAGUGUGAAAGUACAAAACGAUACAGGUCAAAAAAGAAAGAUUCAAGAAAGUGUACCGAGUAUUGCUUUUAAGUGUACAGAGUAUUGCAAAAUAGCCCAACUUUAGUGUACUGUGUAUUGCAAAAAGAAUGAGCAAAUUAGAAUGGAAAAUCGAUGUUAUAUAUUGUCUAUUUUCUACGUCUGAUUAUCAAUUUCAUUUUAUUUUGCUGGUAAUGCACUGUUUAUGAUAUUUAUUCAAAUAUUUUAGAUUCAACAAUGCAUUUUCAGUGUUAUUGCUGUUCUUUUUCUAAGGACGAAUACAGAGAUUUAAUUUCCCAUUUGAUUGAAAAUCAAACAGUAUGUAUGAAAUAAUUUUGAAGCGUGUUAAUGCAGAUGGCAUUAAAGCAUGUGUUUAUAGUCGACAGCAGGGUCGGGAGAUGGGACGAACCAUCAAAAUUGACGAUAAAAAUCUUUAAAUACAUGUCUCAAGAAAAUGUGAUCAGAGAAAGACAUCUCCAAAAAGAAGAUACAAAAAAUAUUUAGAUGACAUUAAUUAUACGUUUUUACAGGGCAAGUGUGUCAUAAGAAACAAAAUUAAACACUUAAUAAAAUUGUAGCUCGAGGGCUAAUGCCGUCCAAGUAUGCCGGUAUCGUCAUCAGGAACAUAACCUUUUAUUGCAUUUGCUGCAUAAUCUUAUCAGAAUGCAUUAUUCGGUUUGAGAUGUAUACGCUCAACAAUCAUAACUAAUUGCUAAUGACUAACAAAUUUCACGUACAGACUGUCUGCCGUUGCUAGAAUGCAGAAAGUUACCUUAAUAUGGAUUUUUGGGAUAAAUGAAAUGGGUUGAUAUCAGAUAUUGACACUCUUGGCAAAACCGUCUAAUAUUGACAUUCUUGAGGCAGCAUUAAUGCACUUUCAGUGCAAUUUUGUUACUAUUUAUAGUAAUAUAUGUAAUAAUUACUGAUACAUUAUGAACAGGUUAAUCCUUCGAUAGCAACGAAAACUUUAUGAACACAGAAUUUUGCUGACUGUUUGAUUGAGUUCUUUCAUGAGCAGGAGUGAAAGUCGCGAAAUGGGAUGAAAGUCCUCAUAAUAUCGAGCAAUAUCCGGGGUACGGUAUGCCGCAGUGAACCUAAUACGUUUCAAAACUAGAAAUUCAAAAAAACUUCAUCAGUCACAGUAGAUUGUGUACAGUAAGGGAUAUAGGUUUAUUUCUCGUUGAUUAAACUUUCGCUGCUUUAUAUAUAAUUAAUAUACAUAUAACAUAAAGAAAGUUUUCUACUUUCGCGUCAUUUUAUAUUUUGCAGAUGAAACGUGUGAUAACUAAAGAUAUACUUUGCUCUUAUUUUAUAUCAGAAAAUAUUGACAAUUGCUACACAGUCUCCUUGUAAAUAGAAUAUGUACUUGUUUUGAUUUCCAACAAAGUAGAUAUCUUAUUUGUAAAACUCUGCACACUUUGAAUGGUCUUCAUAAUUAUAUGAAUAUAUAAUAGUGUCAUUUUUUAAGAAAAGACCUGUAAUAGGGAACAGCUCUCCAUACAUAGUUUAUUCUUUCUUUUAUUCAAAUAAGACACAUUUAUUCCAAAUAAGAUAUAUUUAGUAAGAAUUUCAUAGAUUUCAAUUAAUUUCUGUGAUUAAAAUAUUUUACUUAAGGAUGAGCAUAGUAUAUCUUUAACAAGUGUUAUCAUUUUAAAAAAAUAUUGAUUUCAUGAUAUUAUAUAAACAUAU